GACCACAAAAAUAAUACAAUAUUUUUUACUGGUAACCUACACCAUAAGAUAAGUAACUCUACUCGUCUUGCAGGGUUAUAAGUAAUUUUUUUGCAAAUUAUUUGUGUAUAUUUUUUUGGAUAUGGCAAUAUAAGUUAUAGCAUACUGAGGAAUUCCAAAGAAUUUAUAUUUCUCUGGAAGAUAUUAGUCACUUCAAAAUUUUCCAAGCAAUUUACGUGGAUGUAAACAGCUCAUGUAUGGGUUCAGUCAUUUCUGCUUUACCAAGAAAACCACCACUAAUUGUCAAUAUGAGCAGUCCUCAAGCAGAAAUGGUUCGCGAUAUAAUAGCGAACAAUAAAGUUGUAAUAUUUUCUAAGAGCUACUGCCCUUAUUGUACAAUGGCCAAAGAGCAAUUUCGCAAACUUUCUGUUGCCGCACAUGUUGUUGAACUAGAUAGUCGUAAUGAUGCUGAAGAAAUUCAAAACAUCCUUGGAGAGUUAACAGGCGGUAGAACAGUGCCGAGGUGCUUUAUUAAUGGAAAGUUUAUAGGAGGCGGCACAGAUGUUAAAAAAAUGUACGAGCAAGGAACUCUUCAAAAGUACUUUACUUAAUAAUGACGGUUGCAAAGACAUGAAAUUUUUUGUUAAGUAAUAUUGUUUUUUUUUAUUAGGUAAACAAAAAUGUAUAGACAAUGUUUUUUCAUAUUAAUUGUUGCUAAAUUAUACCUUUAGAAGUAAAAUAAACUCUGUUUUUAUAAUAUUA